AUGGGUGUAAAAGUUUCAUCUAAGAUCAAACGGAUUCUCGCAUCCACAGGUUUAGCUUAUUCGGGGAAUUCAAGUCCCAAAGAUGGUGAUGACGUGGAUGUCCGGGAAGAAUAUGCAAACGCCUUCCGUACAGAAUCAUACAAUCAGUUUUGGACACGUGUUAUCUACUUAAGCCGCAAAAAGUCCACGACGUCUUCUUCUUCUUCUUCACCCGCCGAAUCUUCCUCCACGUCAGCUCGUCUUAUGUCAUACCGCCUCUUCGCACAAAAUCUCCUAGACCCGGACCCGUACACCGUCACACGAAUCCUGGAUCUAGCCCGGGUCGGACGAUCCACCCGAGUUCUUCUCUCUGAUUACUUCUUGGAGACGGCAAACACUUUCUUGUUAUGCACGUUAUUACUUAAAAACAUCCAUCGUCUCCGUUCUAAAUACGAAUCCCUGAAACCUACUUUUCAGUCGGAAAAUAACGAUAAUUCGUUGGCUUUAAUGGAUCAUUUUACGGAGCUAUCAAGAUGGUUUGACCCAUUUAUCUCGUCGGGCUCUCGGAUUCAGUUAAUCAGAUCCGGGUGUUUAAAUCUGUUAAAACGGUUAGAGUCGAACCGAGACAAGACACGAGCCAAGCUCAAGCUCAUCAACGGACUAACUCAUAGCUCAGGGAUUCUCGUUUUGGCUCUAACCACUACAUUGAUUGUAACCAUAGCCUCUCACGCCUUUGCUUUGAUCAUAGCCGGUCCGACUCUUUUAACCGGUAGAUUCAAACCGGCCGGUUUAAGAAACAAGCUAACGAAAACAGCUGCUCGGCUCGACGUGGCUGCAAAAGGUGCUUACAUUUUAAGCCGUGACUUGGACACGAUAAGCCGGUUAGUGACUCGGAUUAACGAUGAGGUGGAGCACGUUCGAGCUAUGGCUGAGUUUUGGGCUGGGAGAGGGUCCGGUCGGGUUCGAGCCAGUGAAGAGGUGGCUCGAGAGUUGAAGAGAUGUGAAGAGAGCUUCAGUGAAGAGCUUGAUGAGCUUGAAGAACAUAUCUACUUGUGUUUCAUGACUAUUAAUCGGGCAAGGAAUCUUGUGGUUAGAGAGAUUUUGGAUCCUGAUGAUCCACCUGAUUGUUCAUUCGCUCCCAAAUCCAAAUAA